AUGGUGCCACGGUGGAGGCUGGCGCAGGUCAUAUGGCUCGUGAUUGCGCUGGCGUUUUCGCUACGGCACGACCUCUUGGCUGCAGCGCUAAGCGCGUAUCCGCUUUCUAGAGCUGGGGUAUGCGCGUUCGUAUCGAGGCGCCCCGCGGCUCCGCGCUGUCUGCAGCAGCUGGAUGCCAGCCGUAAGAAGAAGAACAGGAGCCAGGGGCGCACUGGUAAAGGUGGUUCGGACGGCAGAUCGGAUGACGAUGAAGUGGAGGAAUUUUUCGUGAGCGAAGCUGACCUGGAGGCCGUGUUCGCCGGUUUGCGUUCCAAGCUGAAGGAGAGCGAGCAGUUUCUGAGCAACAAAAUAAGCCGCCUCGCCUUGCACCGUGCAACUCCGUCGCUGAUUGAGUCGCUGACGGUGGAGCUGCCGGGCGAUUCGAAAGAAAAGCAACUGCAGUACGUCGCGCAGAUAAUGUCGAAGGGCCCGUAUGAGUUGCACGUGGUGCCGCUGUCGGCAGUCCACCUGGACGCCAUUUUCGUCAGUCUCAGCACGAAGCUAGUGGACUACAAGGUGUCUAUGAUGGCCGACCGCGUGUCAGUGGUCGUCCCUUCGAUGACGGAGGCGAUGGUGCGACAAGCGCGUUCCGUCGUGAAGGAGACGUUGAACGAGGUGAAGACCCAGAUCCGCCUCACGAGGCAGGCCGUUAUAAAGAAGCUGAAGCACCUGCACCAGGCCAUGAGCGACGACAUGUUCUUCCGUCAGCAGAAGGAGGUGGAUGCCGUUGUCAAGCAAUCCGAGAAGCGCGUCGACGAGGUCGCCAACGAAGCUCUGCGGGGGCUCGCCUGA